CCUUUCCUCUGUCUGUAAUGAAACAAGAUUUUUAAGCAGUUAAAAUACCCUUGUCCUCUUGUGGCUCCACCAGAAAGUAAAUACAGAAGAAAUGCAUUAUUUUGGAGUAUUAGCUGCACUCUCUGUUUUCAACAUCAUUGCCUGCUUGACAAGAGGCAAGCCUUUGGAAGACUGGGAGAAGUUCUCAGUGAUUAGAAAGUCUGAUGCACACUUUCAUGAUCCUGGGGAAGUGGAAGAUGAGACUCAUUUUGACUUUAAAUCUUUCCUGGAGAAUAUGAAGACGGAUUUACUGAGGAGUUUGAACUUAUCAAGAGUCCCCUCACAAGCGAAGACCAAAGAAGAACCACCACAGUUCAUGAUUGACUUAUACAACAGAUAUACUGCAGACAAGUCCUCCAUCCCUGCAUCCAAUAUUGUAAGGAGCUUCAGUAUUGAAGAUGUUGUUUCUUUAACUUCACCAGAAGAAAAUCCAUUUCAGAAACACAUCUUGCUCUUCAACAUCUCUAUUCCACGAUAUGAGGAGAUCACCAGAGCUGAACUGAGAAUUUACAUCUCCUGUCACAGCGAAGUCGGGUCUCUCUCUAGGCUGGAAGGCAACAUGGUCAUUUAUGAUGUUCUAGAUGGUGACCACUGGGAAAACCCAGAAAGCACCAAAUCUUUCCUUGUCUCCCACAAUAUACACAAGUGUGGCUGGGAGAUGUUUGAAGUGUCAAGCGCUGUGAAAAGAUGGGUCAGGGCAGACAAAUUGAAGACUAAAAAUAAGCUAGAGGUUGUUAUAGAGAGUAAGGCUCUGGGUGGUUUCACUUGUGGGAAGCUGGAUAUCAGUGUUACCCCUGACACUAAAAAUCUGCCCCUGUUAAUAGUGUUCUCCAAUGACCGCAGCAAUGGGACAAAAGAGACCAAAGUGGAGCUCCGGGAGAUGAUUGUUCAUGAACAAGAAAGUGUGCUCAAGAAAUUAGGGAAGAAUAACACUUCAUCUGAAGAGGAGGAACUGGGAGAGGAAAAGGCCAUCACUGGCCCCCACCAGCAUUCCUCCAGAAGCAAGAGAAGCAUCGGAGCCAACCACUGCCGGAGAACUUCCCUCCAUGUGAACUUUGAAGAGAUUGGCUGGGAUUCCUGGAUCAUUGCACCAAAAGAUUAUGAGGCUUUUGAAUGUAAAGGAGGUUGCUUCUUCCCUCUGACAGAUAACGUUACCCCAACAAAACAUGCUAUUGUCCAAACUCUGGUGCAUCUCCAAAACCCAAAGAAAGCUUCCAAGGCCUGUUGUGUUCCAACCAAAUUGGAUUCAAUCUCCAUUCUUUAUAAGGAUGAUGCUGGGGUGCCCACUUUGAUAUAUAACUAUGAAGGCAUGAAAGUGGCAGAAUGCGGCUGCAGGUAGUAUACAAGGCAGAAUCACAAAAAAUAAGAAUACCCCCUUUUUCUGCUCUGUGUAAAUCUGUACAUUAGUGACGCACAUCAAAAUCCUUGCAAACCAUGUUUGGAGCAGGUAUGGGGCUGGUUGUUGUUGUUGCUGCUUGUUUUAAAGGAAGACUGGCAUUUAAAGAAUGGCAAUCAUUGUAAAUAGCCUGCAUUAUAUAUCAUGGCAAAGUGAAUACUGGAUUAAAAUAUUGUGAGAUUG